UUUACAACUUCCAAUUGUAAGAAAUGUGUCCGUACCUUUGAUCGCAAUCAUCAUCACGAAACGGCUACCCGUCAUUGUUGAAUUGUCUCAAGACAAUCAAUCUACUGAUUCUGACAGCUUGAGUUCCUACCAGAUUUCACCUAGGAAUUGCGCAUUGCGACAAUGCUUUCCUUCCUCCAGAACCCCCGCCAAGCAGCGGCUCAAGUGCUGAAUUUCGCCCUCAUUCUUUCUACGGCGUUUAUGAUGUGGAAAGGUCUGUCAGUAGCGUCAGAUUCUCCAUCGCCAAUUGUUGUCGUAUUGUCUGGCUCCAUGGAACCUGCAUUUCAGCGUGGAGAUCUCUUAUUCUUAUGGAACCGGAAUUUACUCGAAGAAACCAAGGUUGGAGAAAUUGUGGUUUACAAUGUCAAGGGAAAGGACAUACCUAUUGUGCAUCGAUUGGUUAGAAAGUUUGGCGCAGGGCCCAAAGCAAAGUUGUUGACAAAGGGUGACAACAAUGUGGCAGAUGAUACAGAACUAUAUGCGCGUGGACAAGAUUACAUCGAGAGGGAAGAUAUCAUUGGCAGUGUAGUGGGAUACAUACCAUUUGUGGGAUAUGUUACUAUCUUACUCAGCGAGCAUCCUUGGCUUAAGACUGUUAUGUUGGGAAUGAUGGGUUUGGUUGUGCUACCUUCGAAGCUAUCAACCGUCGCGAUGGCAGCACGACGUAUCGCCAAGGAGUUCAAGGAAGUGACCGAUAACCCCAUCCCAGGCAUCAGCACAUCUUUAGUGAAGGAGGAAGAUUUGCAUCAAUGGAAAGUCGAGAUGGAAGGUCCUGCAGAAACACCAUAUGCCGGUGGUUUAUUUGUUCUCAACGUCGUCCUACCCAAAGACUACCCGUUCAAACCUCCCGUGGUCAAUUUCGUCACCCGCAUUUACCACCCCAACAUUACCUUUGAUGAAAAAGGAUCAAUUUGCGUCGAUGAGUUGAAGCAAGACAAAUGGAAGCCUAGUGGAAAGAUCACAGCUAUUCUUGGGGCGAUCAGGAAUCUUUUAAUCACUCCAAACCCAGAUGACCCUUUAGAAAACACGAUUGCGGAUAAACUGAAGAAUGACGCGGACGGUUUUGCAAAGGAAGCGAAGGAAAAUACAAAGAAAUAUGCCAUGAAGAAAUGAAGAUUGGGCGGAAGUAUGAUUUAGGGGUAGCAAAUCGGCGCUUUAUGAAGGAAAGGAUGGAGAUUACAUGAUCCCGAAAGGGAAACGAUAUGAGAUGAAGUCAAAGACAUAUGACGAUGAAUGACAGCGAUUUUCAGCAGCGAGAUGAUUGGCAUUGGCGUUUAAGGGUGCAUAGAAGAAAUUACUUUUACAGUAUCAGACAGCCAAAUAAUCGGAAACAAAAAUACAUUGCUUUUCCGGGGAAGAUGUUGCAUGAUUUAAGUGAGCUGAAUUCGAAACGGAUGAAUCAUCUCCAAACGUACAUUUUU